GUUCAGUAUUUUGCGGAGAACGUUGGUACUCGGAAAGUAUUCGACUACAACACUGAUAUAAGGAAUGAUAAAUAGAUUUAAAUAUGAUAUUAUAGCUACAAAAUGAAACACUCAUCAAUCUUGUGUUCAGCGCCUCCCUCUCAUUUCCCUUUCAUGGCCUCUGCCUUUAAUUUGUUUUACUCAUGUGUAUGCAAAUAAAUUUAAUUAAUAAAGAUACAGCAAAAUCACAGUAAAUCCCCUUGUACCCUUUCUGAUCUUCACAAAAUUAAAUCUGUCAAAGAAGUAGAUGUAUAGUGAAACGAAUUUAUACACUCUUUACUUUAUUUCCUGUUUCCUGAUUUUGCUUUGUUUAGUGUGUAGUAUCCUGUUGAGUUACAGCCAAGUUCAGAAUUUUGUACUUCACUCUCGGACCUGGAUGUCAAGGGGUUAACUUCUUUGGCAUCCUCUUCCUUCUUGUUCUGUUUCCGUUUAUCUGAAAGUACGAGUAAACCCAUCAACUGCUCCACCAUACCCUUGUUGUUGUUUUUUAAUUCAGCCACUCGGAGCGUCUGUUGGCCUACCUUGGUGUAGUUUGUCGGCCUAGCUUGCUGUGGAUUUCUUAGACAACAGAAUUCGGGUUUCUUUGCGUCUGCCAAAAUGGCUGCAAGUCACAAGUCAGCCGAGGUGUGUCUGGGUGGCGAUUUUUCCUCGGAUAAGAAGAACUCUAGGAACGGGAGGUUCUGGCGCUGGCUCUUGGCGGGUGCGCUGCUAAACGUGUGCAUCGUCUUGGUCUCGGUCAGUCUCACCGUGCUGUACGUCCAGACUGAAGUGCAGUCCCUCAGGGACCAGGUUUUCAUUCAAGAGGAGCGUCUGGCCUGGUUAGAGGACUCCCUGUCGAAACAAAAGGACGUGAAAAUGAGCGGCCCAAGUUGGAAACACGCCCAGUUGCGAAAGAGAAGAGAUCAGGAAUCACAGGUGUCCAUUGGUCGCGGCUUCCAGCACAAUAUCACAUUCUUCUCGGGGCAGGAUACUUCAGGAUAUGCAGAUCCACGGAACUCUGAAUUUGUUUUCUGUCGAGACGGCCGGGACGGGAGAGACGGCAAAGAUGGACGGGACGGGGCCCAGGGACCGCCCGGCCCCCCUGGAAUCAAGGGUGACAAGGGAGAUCCUGGUCUCGACAAGGAUCAAGAUUCGUCUGAAAUGAUGAUACAUCGGCGGUCGAGGAGAGCCCUUGGUGACGUUGACUCGCCCCUCACGGCUGAACGCCCGAAGUCCGGAGCACAUGACUUGUAUCCCACCUUGAAGCCGUCAGGGGGAGACACAUACGUCCGAUGGGGACGCACUACCUGUCCGAACGAUACCAACACAGAACUCGUUUAUGCAGGUAUUGCCGCUGGUUCACAUUACACGCAAAAAGGAGGCUCGGUGGAUUUCUUCUGUCUCCCUUCCGAACCGGAAUGGGCGGCCAACCACAACGAUGGCAUCAACUCACAGUCAUACCUCUACGGGAUGGAGUAUGAGGUUUCGACAUUUGAUCCCUUUUCCCACGAGAAUGCAGAGUUCCUCCACGAUCGUGACGUUCCUUGCGCCGUGUGCCGCCUCGUCGACCGGGGGACCCAGCUGCUUUUCCCGGCCAAGCUCGGCUGUCCGGAGAGCUGGACGGAGGAGUACAGGGGCUUCCUCAUGUCCGGCUACCAUACCCACGAGCAGCGUUCAAAAGCUGUGUGCGUGGACCAGGCGCCCGAGGCGGUCCCUGGGAGUCAUACCAACGCGGACGGGGCACUUUUGUACAUCAUCGAGGGAGCAUGCGGUUCCCUUCUGUGUCCUCCCUAUGUUAACGGGCGUGAAAUAACGUGCACAGUAUGCAGCAUCUAAAAAUAAGGUCUACUUCCAUUGUACGCAGUUUUAUCUUGAAGCGAGAAAUGUUAACACGGGGAACAUGCUCACCCUUUUCUUUGUAUAGUGUUACAGACUUUGACAUGUUUGGUUUGGGAGAUGAAUUUGCCAUAAGCCCCCCCCCCAUCUCUGGUUUCUGGUCAGAACGUGCGUCGCCGUAGACUUGUGGGUUAGCAAAAUAAAAAACGUUUUUUAUCUGCUAUAAAACGAUCUCCAAAAGCGGCCAAACUUGCUUAAUCGCCUGGAGUCCUGCGUAAUUUUAAAGUUUUCUUGAUGGGGUACGGUUGAGUAAUAUGUACAGUAGAGGAUCCCUAGUUCCCCAUUAAUUUUCAGUCGGGCACUCUUUUUCAGAUGACGUCAUUUGUGUAUUAUUCAGUUACAUCUGGGAACCAGACAAACGAGGUGCUGAAGCUGAGAGAAAAUGACAUUGAAAUUCGUGCCCCUGUACAUUUUCAAUGGGCCGUUCAAGCUUUUUGUCUGCAGGUGCAAUUUAUGCACAUGCGUACAUAACUUAGCAAUUAUUAGUGGAAGUGUUUAUGAACGUGCGCUUUACGUUUGGUUCCGACGAAUAGAAUCCCAAGCGAUCAGUCUAUGAGACUCGAACAGGACCAAUAGAGGGCGCAUUGUUAGCAACGACGGCUCUUUUUUUUUUUCAGAACUUCACUUCGCUGCAUGGCUCACAAAAUAUUGGACCUCGAGGGGACAAGGAGUGGCAUAUCAGAAAGCCAAAGAGCAGUUGCAAUCAAAUCCUAGUUUUAGUGAGCUCUGCUGGUGUUUAGCUAAAAUUGUACCUUUUCAAACUCCUCCAACUGUCUUGAACAGAGCUGCUUUAAUUUUGGAAUGUAUCACACUAAAAGAAGGUCACUCUAAGCCAUGUUAAAAUUAGAAGGUUAACUAAAGUUUACAAACGUUUCGACUGUUUAGAGAAUUUCUUAAAGCGUGUUUUUCAUUUGAGAGGUUACAACAAUGCUGUUCUUUCAAGCCUUACUAUUUACAUUAGUUUGCAUUAAUGGUCACAUAUGUUACUACAAAUUACCUUAGACAAACAAAAUUAAUGGACAGCGUUUUGGUGGUUUCAGUUUUAGGCCUUCAAUCUUAUUACACAUCCAUUAACGACGGAUCAAUCAGCAAAGCCUCAAGACGUUGGAUGUGUACAUUAUCCAGCUCCUUGUAAACAUUCUUAAUGGUUCUCGACUUGCUAGAGAUCAGCGGCAGACAAACAGGAGUGCUUUUUAAUUAAAACGCGUAUAGAUUGUCCACCUGUAGCCCUUUGACGCUAAUUCCUGUCUAACCAAGGAAGCCAUUUUGAUUAUAUUCCCUGGAAUCUUUAUUGAAGGGAAGUCUGUCAAAUUAGCUGGUGCCAGGCGAGUUUGAGAUCCAUGUCUCACCCUCAUUUUGUUUUUAACUUGUCUGAAAACAUUUCGAUAUAAUAAAUCACAAAUUAAAUAAAAUCAGUAUCAUAACAA